CUUACAAGAUGCUACUACACCCCACAUACGUUUCGUGAUAGCUCGGGCUUUCCUAUGAAAAAGUGUCGCACUUGCCACUCGCACCUGCCGGCGAUGGCCCAAUCCCGUCGAGCCGUCGACUGCGGGAAAACGUAACUGAACAGCGCGUGCAUGCCACUCACUUUUUGAAAUAAAUCUUUUUUCUGGUGGUCUGGUAUUGCUAAACAGCGGCAUUAAAGUUGGGAAUUUUACGUUACAUCAAAUCCUAACCAUCCAUCCAUCUUAGUUUUCAUACAUUUCAAAGAUCAAUAAGAAAACCACUUAUUAGGUUUUUGUAUGCUAACACUACCACCGUAAGUCCGUACUACACCCAUUUGUUCUUGAAUUUGAAUUGCUAGCCUCUUUGUUAUUUUCAUCAAAAGAACGAAAAAGAUAAUUUCUUUAAAAGAUUCCAUCUUUUGGUAUUCCAAGAAUCGUAUACCCAAUUCAAUGUUAAGGUGUUUUCUUUUCUCCCUCUCUUGUUUCUAAUUGAAUUGAAGGAGCAAUUCUAGGGUUUUUGAGAUUAGGGGUUUUCUUUCCGAAGUUGCUUUUUCUUGCGGGUCGUCUAGAAUUAUAAAUGGAAAUGGAAGAGGUUGCUGCUAUUGAAGACGAUAAUUCAAGAAAUGUCACUGGCGAAGAAGCUGUCGGCAUUGUUACAGAAGGAAAUCAGGCUGACAUGACUGUUGCUGUGGUAAUCGAAAACGAUGACGGAAAUGCAAUUCUGGAAGCUGAAACGGAUAAAACCCUUGCAGAGGAUGAGAAAUGGGGAUUGGUAAGUGAAGAAAAUGGUGUUAACAGUGAGAUGAAAGAUGAGGUUGGUGUUAAAAAAAAGAGGAACCGGCCAAAGAAGGGUGAUCGACCAGGGCCAGAGGACAGGGUGAUAGUUGUUGGUCUUCAUUGCGCCAGUGCUGGUUUUGAUUUUUUUAACAAGAAAGGUCGACCUUCUGAUUCAAAACACAAUAAGAGAAAGUUUUCUUCUUUGAUCGACUUUGGUUCAAAGGAGAAGAAAAGGAGGAAGCUCAUACAUGGUGCUAAUGGUGUUGGUAUUAAAAUCAAGCGUGUAGGACGACCAAAGGGUUCAAAGAACAAGAAGAAGAAAAUUGGUAACGGUGAUAUUAUUCCAGUUAUGAACGGAAAUUUUGAUGACAACCAUUCUAAAAGUAUAGACGAAGGUGAGGGAGGUGAAACCGAAAACCAUGGUGUUAAAGUCAAGCAUGUAGGUCGACCAAAGGGUUCAAAAAACAAGAAGAAACUUGGAGUUGAUGAUGACAUGUCAAUUAUGGAGUUUGGUAUUAAAAUCAAGACUGAUGGACGAGGUAGACCAAAGGGUUCAAAGGACAAGAAGAAGAGGCGCCGAAAACGUUUACGAAAUAAUGUUGAUGAACAUGGCAAUCCAAUGGAAUCAGUACCUUCUUCUUCAUGUGGAGGUUUCAGAAAUAAGUUACAAGCGAAGAAACCACGGUUAAUUGUAGCAGGUGAAAUCAUGGCUUAUUCUUCUGAUGUUGAAAACGUCAAGGCAGUGGACCCUAGUAGCCCAAUAAGGCCCAAACGAAAGCCCAGGAAGUCUAUUGAUGGGUGCGAGGGUAAUUUGAAUUUGAAGUGUCAUCAGUGCUUGAGGAACUUAAAAAACGUCAUCUUUUGUUCAAACUGCAAACGAAAACAUUACUGCUAUAACUGCAUUGUAAGUUGGUAUCCAGAGAGAACAAAAGAAGAAGUCAAGGAUGCAUGUCCAUAUUGUCGAGGGAAUUGCAAUUGCAGAGCAUGUCUUCAAGCAAAUGUAAUCAUAAAGGCUAGUCAUGAAGAAGCCAAUGAAGACAUCAGAUUGCAAAGAUCGCUUUACCUGCUCAAGAAAACUCUACCUCUCUUAAAACAUAUUACAGAAGAACAAAGAUCCGAGCUUUUAAUGGAGGCUAGCAUACUGGGUGUUGAAUUAACAGAAGAACAAGUACCCAAAGCUUCAUUUGAUGAAGAUGACAGAGUCUACUGUGACAACUGCAACACAUCGAUUGUGAACUUCCAUAGAAGCUGUCCAAGUCCAGAUUGCUCCUAUGAUAUUUGUCUCAACUGUUGUCGUGAGCUUAGAGAUGGAAUCCAGCCUGGCGGAAGUGAAGCUGAGUCAUCAUUUCAGCAAUUCAUUGAGAAUUCACAGCUUCAGGGUACAGAUUCAAAAGGACAGUUUUUCGGUUGGAAAGCUGACUUUAAAGCACACACUUUUAUCAACUCGUUAGACUUCCCUGCUUGGAAAGCAGAAAAUGACGGUUCUGUCCCUUGCCCCCCAAAAGCCCGUGGAGGCUGUGGGAAUGGAAUGUUACAGUUAAGACGAGUUUUUGAAGCCAAUUGGGUUCAGGAACUCGUUGAGAAGGCCGAGGGCUUAACCGUCAAUUUCCAGUUGGCUGAUAUCGAAACUGGAGAAAACUGUUCAAGUUGUAAUGUGGAAAAUCAUCAUCAUCAUGGACAUGGUGUAAGGAAAUCGGCUUCUAGGGAGGGUAGUAGUAAUGACAACAAUUUACUGUAUUGCCCUGAUGCUAUUGACUUAGAAGACAAAGAUUUUGAACAUUUUCAAAUGCAUUGGAGAAGAGGGGAACCCGUUGUGGUUAAAAAUGUCCUGAAAAAGACAUGUGGACUUAGCUGGGAACCAAGGGUGAUGAUGCGGGCUUUUAGGAAUGCUAAAAAAAGGUUAAAAGAGGAAAAUCAAUGUGUCAAAGCUAUCGACUGUUUGGACUGGAAUGAGGUUGAGAUUCAUUUGAAUCAGUUUUUUAGAGGGUAUGUAGAGGGGCGUAGGCAUGGAAAUGAAUGGCCAGAGAUGUUGAAGCUUAAAGAUUGGCCACCAACAAAUUCAUUUGAUGAGUGUUUACCAAGGCAUUGUGAGGAAUUUAUUGCAAUGCUUCCAUUUAGUGAUUAUACACAUCCGAGAUCUGGUCUUUUAAAUCUUGCUACAAAGCUUCCGGAUGGUUCUAGAAGGCCGGAUUUGGGUCCUAAAUCUUAUAUUGCUUACGGGUUUCCGGAAGAACUCGGUAGAGGCGAUUCGGUUACAAAACUACACUGUGACAUUUCUGAUGCUGUAAAUAUAUUAUUACACACAACUAAAGUAAAAGUUUCUUCCAAAGAGCUUAAAAAAAUUGAUGAAAAGCGAAAGGAAUACAAAGCUGAAGAUACGGGUCCCGUGUCAAGUAUGAGUCCACUUAAAACAGAACCUCCACCAACAGAUUCAUGUAAUGGUGAUUCUUUGUGCAUUAAAAAAGAAAAAGAAGAAGAAGAAGAUGUUGAUGAAAGCAAGGGUUUUGUGGUCAGAGAUCCAAGCAUUGACCAAAAUGUGAAUGGAAGCAGCCAAGAUUUUCAAGAAACUGAUGAUGGUAUUGGUGGUUGUAAUAUUGAAUAUGGUGGUGCUUUAUGGGAUAUUUUUCGUAGGCAAGAUGUACCAAAGUUGACCCAAUAUUUGACCAAACAUCAAAAAGAAUUUCGUGGCAUUAACAAUGCUCCUGUGAGCUCUGUUGUUCAUCCUCUCCAUGAUCAAACCUUUUAUUUUGAUGAAAAGCACAAGAAACAGCUCAAGGAAGAAUUUGGUGUGGAGCCAUGGACAUUUGAACAAUACCUUGGUGAAGCUGUUUUCAUCCCUGCAGGUUGUCCACAUCAAGUUAGAAAUAGACAGUCAUGCAUUAAAGUGGCUCUUGACUUUGUGUCACCGGAUAAUGUUCAAGAGUGCAUACGUUUAACAGAAGAGUUCAGAUUACUUCCAAAAACACAUAGAUCCAAGGAAGAUAAACUUGAGGUGAAGAAGAUGGGGUUGUAUGCUGCGAGUCUUGUUAUUGAUGAAGCCAGUAAAUUGAUGAUGAAAAACAAUUCUGAAUCGCAAACUGAUCCUCCAAUAGAGCAAGUGAAAGAAAAUUUGGAGCAAAGUGUGGAAUCAAUGGAAGCUGACGUGUCAAGAGAAGUAAAAGCGACAUCACUCUGUUUGUAUCUUGAAUCCGACAACGACCCAUACAGAUCUUUGUUAAAUCGUUUUAGACAUUUGAUGCUUUCGUCAACAGCCAUGGCUGCUGUUGCUGCUCUGAGAUCGAAGUCAUCCAAAGCCACAUCUUCUUUAUCAUCAGUCUCACAAUUCAGAUACUUUAUUUCAACUCACCGUAUGCACGGUGGUCGUAUACCCAAUUUCCAAGUCACUUCUUCAAUACCUACAACAAACAAAUUAGACGAAUAUUUCCCUCAUCAUCACCACCAACACCAAUCUUUCAAACCGUUUUCCCUCUCCGGUGAACUUGUCGAUAAGGGUUACGGUUUUUUCAAGAGUAAUAAUAAAAGGAGACUAGUCAAUUUGUCCGGUGGUAAAGGUAGUGGUGGUUUCGGUGAUCCGCCAGAGGUUUGGCAGCCUCCCGGGGAUGGGAUUGUUCCUCAGCCGGGUUUUAAGAUGGUUCCGGUAUCCAGCGGCGAUGAGAGUGAAACAAGAACCGGUGGGUUCGGGUCGGGUUCUGGAGAUGGGAAUUGGGGAGGAUCUUCGUUGGGGCAUAGCUUCCCAACACCUAAAGAGAUCUGUAAAGGGCUUGAUAAGUUUGUGAUUGGUCAAGAACGAGCUAAAAAGGUACUUGCGGUGGCUGUUUACAAUCAUUACAAGAGAAUCUCUAUUGACAGUUCGCGACAUUCAAGAAAUGACAAGACGAAUGCCAUGGAUGAUGAUGAUGCAGUUGAGCUUGAGAAAAGUAAUAUCCUUCUAAUGGGGCCAACCGGUUCAGGGAAGACACUUCUUGCAAAAACAUUGGCACGAUUAGUGAAUGUUCCUUUUGUUAUAGCAGAUGCUACUACACUCACCCAGGCAUGCUAUGUUGGAGAAGAUGUGGAAUCCAUUUUAUACAAACUCCUGACUGUAUGUCCCUUAAUAGUUGCUGAUUAUAAUGUUGCAGCAGCUCAACAGGGCAUUGUGUAUAUAGAUGAAGUCGACAAGAUUACAAAGAAGGCUGAAAGUGUUAACAUUAGCAGAGAUGUUUCUGGUGAGGGUGUCCAGCAGGCAUUAUUAAAGAUGCUAGAAGGGACUAUAGUCAAUGUCCCUGAAAAGGGUGCACGGAAGCAUCCUAGAGGAGACAACAUUCAGAUUGAUACUAAAGACAUCCUGUUUAUUUGUGGGGGUGCCUUUAUAGAUCUUGAAAAAACCAUUUCAGAAAGACGCCAAGAUUCUUCUAUUGGUUUUGGUGCACCUGUUCGUGCUAACAUGAGAACUGGAGGUGUUACAUCUGCUUCAGUGACUUCAACUUUAUUGGAGACUGUUGAAAGUAGUGAUCUUAUUGCAUAUGGUCUCAUACCUGAAUUUGUUGGAAGGUUUCCAAUUCUUGUCAAUUUGUUAGCUCUUACAGAGCCUCAACUUGUUCAGGUGCUAACUGAGCCAAAGAAUGCAUUGGGGAAACAGUACAAGAAGUUAUUUCAGAUGAAUCAAGUUAACCUACAUUAUACAGAAAGUGCUUUGAGAUUAAUUGCAAGAAAAGCAAUAACUAAGAACACUGGGGCCCGUGGUUUGAGGGCCUUACUGGAAAACAUAUUGAUGGAUGCCAUGUAUGAGAUUCCUGAUGAAAGAACAGGUAAAGAUAUAAUAGAUGCUGUGGUUGUUGAUGAAGAAGCAGUUGGGAGUGGUGCUAAAAUCCUCCAUGGUCAAGGUGCUCUUGCCCAUUAUCUAUCACAACAUUUACAGACGAGUGUAGAUAGGGCGGCAGAUGGUGGAGCCGAGGCGGAGAUGGAGGCGGAGGCGGAGGCGUUGCCUUCUAUUGCUGCCAUGUAAAUCAUGGGAAAGAUUGCAUCAGUCACCAUGUGUAUGUAUAUAUAGAUAAUAUGUACUGAUUUAAAGCUCUAAUGAGAAACAUUAAUUUAAUAAUUAAAUUUGUGUUGGAUGCUUUCAUCAUUAUUGCAAUCAAAUGUCAAUAUGUUGUAUCAUAUCAGUAAAAUAACAUGAUAUAACUUUUUUUU